CAGCAGCAGCACUGCCUCCAGCUCCCAGGCACAAAGCCUAAUUUGUUGAGAGCAGCUUCUCUGUUUCAGCAAACAGUUCAAUGUGAGAAAACUUAAGGAACAGGUUCACUGGAGGGAAACCUGUCUUCUUAUUUUUCAUUUCUUCCUUUGUAUGUCCCAGCGGAUGGUCAUUGAGCCUUUAGCUCCCAUCGGUUGCAACUGUGGAGUUGUUAGAGAAGAAGACAUUGAAUCGUGGAUCAGGAGGCUCGGUUUGAACUUUUGGCACUUUAAGUGAUCCGGGCACCCAGAGGCAUCUCCAGCCUGUCUGUAUGCUACCUACUGGUUCACAGCCACUCACUGUUUAUACCCUCGUGGAACCGUGGCUUUUGUACCGGAUCAUUUCAGUUUUGGGAAACCAGCAGUUAAGUGCCCCCUGAAAGGAGAAAUGAUCGAAGACGCCACGGUUUUCCACAGCUUGGAAACUGCAGUUUAGGAGGCGAACAAAGAUGUCCCACAUGGGAGGAAUGUGGUACAAAUACUGGCAGUCGAAAUCGCAGCGCUUCUUCUAUUUCAUAGUUGUGGUGGUGAUUGUCUGCACAAGGCACAAAGCUCAUGGAUGUGCAGACUGCAGGAUAGGUUUGACCAACCCUUCAGGAUACUUCACUUCACCCUGUUAUCCUAGCGUCUACCCUAACAGCCAAGCAUGUGAAUGGAAGAUUUUAGCCCCUCCUGGAUUCAUCAUUAAACUAAUUUUUGUGGACUUUGAACUUGAAGAAGCUCAGAAAUGUAUAUAUGAUUAUGUUGUCGUGUACACUGGAGAAUCUAGCCGGACAUUCUGUGGCCUCACUGCCAACCGUUUAUCAUUCACCUCAACUGGUAACACAAUGAAUAUUUCAUUUACAUCUGAUUUUAGUGUACAGAAGAAAGGAUUCAAUGCUACAUACUGGCAUGUGGCAGUACUGUUAAGGAAUCAGAAAGUAACAUUAACGAAGACCUCCUCUGAGAGUUUGGCCUCAGUCAAAGACUCGAUCCCGAUUCCUAAGCUCAAACAGUUCACUAUUUGUUUAGAAGCACAAAGAAGCAGCAGCAAUGUGAAUAACUGGAUGUUAUUUUCCUAUGCAGAUUCCUCUUCCAUGGAAUACUUCAGUUUUGGGAGGAAUAGUGGCAGCUAUUAUGUGUCUAUUUUAGGGACAUUUUGUGAUAUAAAUGGAAUCUUACCUCUGGGACUCGAUGGUGAGAUUUUUGGGAGCACGUGGCAGGAAUUCUGCAUCAGCUGGGAUAGUACAAGUGGUACUGUGAGCACGUAUAUUAAAGGCAACCUUGACACAAUUACCUGUGUGCAAACAGUUGGCAAGGUGAUCCCAGCAAAUGGAAUAUUAGCCCUAGGAUCUCAGUCAGCAUCCCUAGACUCAUUUAAUGGUGACAUUUAUAAUUUUCGUCUAUGGAAUUUCACCAUAAGCUUGGAAAAACCAGACAUGCGACAAUGUGAAGAGAAGGGAAACAUAGUAGAUUGGGAAAAUGACAUGUGGAGCAUCCCAACUAUUGCUCUAAAAGAAGAUUAUAACCUUAGUUGUGCUUGCUAUCCCAAUUGCAUCCUUGUAAAACCAACUGCUAGUGGUACCCAGCUACAACAACAAACAACAACACAGCCUCGUGACUGUUCUCAGUUGGGGGUCAUCUGUCAAGCACUGCAGGGCUUCAAGGUUCCUAGAACAUUAUUGUUUAAAAUGGAAUCAGGACCACACUCUGUUUCUCCGUACAAAGAUCACAUGCAUCCUAGGCUGAGACGUUUACGAAGUCUUGGGAUUAUCUCCAGGCCAUUAAUUCGUCCUGCAAGACAUAACACCAGGAAUUUUACCAUUGACAAUAAAAGCUCAUGGACAGAUAAAUUUAAGUUUGAGAAGGCAGUUUCUUCUAACUUCUCUUUUGCAUCCCUUCUCAUUAGUUCUAACAGUUCUGGGAGGCCUCUGUUUGCAACUGUCAAGUCUGUGAAGAAGGCAGUCGACGCUGGAUUCAAUGUGACAGCAAAUCAGUUGGAUUUUGAAAACAUUUCAGAGUAUGUUAGUAACCAAGUAAGAGAUUAUAUUAGUGAACAAAUGUUUCAACCAUUUCUUUCUUUUUUGAGCAAGAAUAACAAGGCCCCACCUCUUACACUACAAACAGAAUUGAGUGCAAAUUUAAAAGUGGACGUGACUGAUACAUUUGACAGCGCUGCCUUUGAAACAUCCUUGUAUAAUUCUGAAAAUGACAAAAAGGUGGUGAAAGCUUCUGAACGAUUUUGGAUGAGCUAUUUUAAUGGUGAUGGUAUGCUUUUCACAAGAGCAGAAGUCAUGCAUUUAGUUUCUCACAGUGAAUUUAACAGCGAUUAUUCCUCUAGAAUUACAGCAGGUGGAGUGCUAGAUUUGACCUCAAAAGAUGCAUCUUCUGAUUUUAAAGAUACCUUUCACCAGGCAGGAGCUGUAUAUAAGAUCCCCAUCAUAAACACUUUCAUAAGACUUCAUGAAAGCUUUAGUAAAUCCACCCAGACCAGUAAUUCUCAUAUAAAAAAAGGUAGACAGUACACUACAUGGCCAAUAUCUAUACCCUAUUCUACACUCCCAUAUGUAUCUAAAAGUAUUACUGAAAACAUUUUGCCAUUUAUAAAACACAGUGAAAUGGGAAUAUUCAUGGAAGAUAUUAAUUUAGACCCUCAUAAUUAUGGCUCCAUUAGAACUGUUUCUACACUUUUCCCUUAUAUGAUGAUUAAAAGCAGAGUCUUAGAUUCACCUUCUCAUCAAACAGAAGUACAUUCUUGGCUAGUGAAUGAAAAUUUCAAUGAUUUUGUAACUAUGUCAGAAAAAUUAUCAGAUUUAAUUUUUCCUUGGGCCACAAAAUAUCACAGGGUGCGCAUUAAUGAACCAGAAUCACUAAUGACGUCUGUAAAUGCACACAUUAACAUGCAUAGUUAUUCAAAUCCAUAUUCCAGUGGUGGUCUUAAGGAAAUGUUUAUAAUUCCAUCAAAUCAACUAAGUACUGAUGAAAAAGAUUGUAUAGAAUGUGAUUUGGAUACUGAAAUUUCAUAUAUGACAACAAAAGCAAACAGUGGAAAAAAAGAUUCUGACCCUUUGGAAGUCGUUACUUUCCAUGUUGAUUCACAGUUUGCAGGUAUCUCUACCAUGUUUUUAGAAAGCAGUUACCAGAAAACAUUUAAUCAUGAUGGACCCAUUAGAAAUCCUACUGUACAGGAGUUGGAAAGCUUUUCUUAUGCUCAAAGUGUCAGGCAUGGAGAACAAGUAUUAUUACAAAAAACUAUAAGGAACUCACUCAUACUAUUAAAGCCAAAUGAUGGUCAGAGCAAACAUAUACAUGCAAAAGCCUCACAGCAUGCCUUCAAAGAAAUGGACUCCACUCAUUUUAUACAGUCUUUUAAUUCAGAAAUGUGCAGUACAAUAUCUCAAGUAGAAUCAGAGGAAAUACUUGUGCCCACAUCCAUAUCAUCGCACUUAGAAACAGAAACACUUAUCUCAAUGAUAUUGAAUUCCUUUGCAGGUCAUUCAGAAAGACACUCUACAACUAAUGACUUUAAGCCAUAUUUCCUUCCUUUGUUUUCUAAUGUAGCAAGGUCAAGGGAAUUGUUGUCACCAAUGCUUACCUUCAAAAAGUUAUCAGUAAAUGUUUUAUCUCUACAAAACAAUGGUGAUUUAAUGAGCAAUGGUGCUAACUUGUUAAAGGAGGAAAGACAUACUUUGGGAGAUUACAAGUCCGUCACUCCAGUAAUUAUAGAGGAUUUGUAUAAAAGAGGGCAGAGUAAUUCUAAGAAUACCUUCAUAGAAAAAAUGUCACUUUUGCAUGCAGAAGGAAGAAAUGAACAGCCUUCAUACAUUCCUCAUGCAGUGCUUAAUAAAUCAACAGAUUUUGUACACAUUAACAGCACAUCUCAUCAACUAUCAAAAAUAUUUUUAGGAAAUAUAUGGGGCUUUGUGCAAAAUACAUCCAAUAGUAAAAUAAAGGCAGAGGUUUCCGGGGAUUUUUCAAAAUUAUCAGGUAUGUCUCAUUCUGUGUAUUCAAGUGUUGCAAGUGCCAGGACUCAAAUUCGUCAAGAUGACACAUUGCUCCAAGAAAAAGUAACAGAUGCUAGUUUCAGCAUAGAUAGCUCUCUACAGUUCUCAUCUUUGUUUUAUAUGAACAACAUUGAAAAAAUGAUGAUGAUCCCAGAAAUUAAGCAGGAUGUAGAAAUGUUUGUUCAUUCCACUCCACCAUUGCUACACAGUCCUGAAUUUAUAAUAGAGCAUACUGAUGACAAUUCAGUGGAAACAGACAUGUUAUAUAAACCAAGAAGAACAACAUAUAUAGCUACAGACCACAGUGAAAAGCAUGAGGGCUCGUUCCUUAGUAUUAGGCCUUCUUAUAUUAUGAAGCAAACUCAAAUCAUAGAACUGGUAGAGACAUCUAAAUGUAUAUCGCUCUGUUCAGAAAAAGAAACAACUAAGGAAAUAUUUCCAGACUAUUCCAUCAUGUCUUAUGGCACAUCAGCAGAUAAGAGGACACAUUCCUUAUGGUAUUCUGCAGAUGAGAGUGUGAGCUUCCACUUACUAAAUGUGGAUUAUAAACGUGGAACUGAUGAUAGUACAUCAUUAGAAACAAUCACUGUUAAUCUGACAGGAACAAAUGUAUCUCUUCUUUUUCAGUCCUCACCUACCGAGUUUUCUGGAGCCACAGGUAUAUUACAAUGGAAUGCAUCAAAGCCAGAUUCCUCUGGUAUCAAAGUAAAUACGAGUGUUCCAAACCAAUUUGGAGUUUUACCUGGCAUAGGUCAUCAGAUGCCCUCGGAACUUAAUAAAACAUUCUCUGUUCCUCUUGAAUCAGCUACUCAGCAUACAGAGUCUUCAGAAUCAGUUCUCCUCAGCCUGGCUCCGGACAAUGCAGCUUCCUGUCAGUGCAAUGCUUCCAUUGUGCUGAAAUGUCUCUGUGGAACACAGAUCAUCAACAGAGAUCUCUACUAUAAGAUUGUGAUUAUAAUCAACAACCAGAAUCCCGAUGCUGUGUCAUAUGUGGAACACAAUGUAUCCCUCUGGUUGAAUCAAACCUUUCAAAAUUGGAACUAUUCUGUUUAUGUGAAAAAUGUCAGUGCUUAUCUUCUGUCAAGAGACCGCUCAGCAAAAGUCAGAAACAGAAGAGAUGUGUCAUAUGCAAGGUAUUUUUGCCAUGCUCUGCUGGUAUAUAGCCCAAUGAAUAACAUAACAUUAAAUGAGGAUACCAUCCGCAAGAGGAUAGUAAGGAACAAUGAAACUAUAGCUACGGGAUUACAGCUGGAAUCAGUAAUGGUUGAUUCGAUAGAGAAUUGCAAACCUGAAGAAAUCCCCUCGCAUUAUUCCUGGAUCAGUACAAGACCUAAUGUUACUCGUGAAAUCCAGUGCUAUUUAGACAGUGGGCAAACUGCCAGCAGGAAAUGUGUUUUGAAUGAACAGAACUACACUUCAUACUGGGAUACACCACAACUCGAAAACUGUGAAAACAUCAAGGUAACUUCAGAUAAUGCAGCUGAUGUAGCCAAUCAAAUCUUCUUAGAUCUAGCAGAUGGACAGUCACUAAACUCUACACAAGUGGAAAAGUUUGUCCUUCAGCUGAACCAAAUUGUGAAUAUUGCCGAAAUUAACACUUCACUUGCUUCAACAGUAGUAACCGUGUUUUCUCGUAUUUUGAACAACAACGACGAAGCACUUGUAACAUCUUCAUCAUUAGCUCUGAAAACAGUUGAUGAACUGGCACAGAAAAUUCAAUUUACUGGACCAUCGGUCAGCAUAACUUCCCCAAAUUUGGCUCUUGGAAUAUUGGCAAUGAAUACAAGCUCGUACAAUGGCAGUUCCUUCAGCACUGGUCAAGGCACCAAUGGAACCUCACUUCAGGUAAAUUUUGGAAGUCAUGAUACCAGCUCUUUGGCCAGUGUUGUCCUACCACCAUCACUUUUGGAAAACCUAACGGAAUUAGAGCGUGAUAUGUUAUCAAGGUCCCAGUUCUCAUUUUUUCAUAAAAUCGGUCUAUUCCAGGACAAACAUUUAAAAAAUCAGGUGAACAAUACAGAGAAACUCAUCAGUUAUGUGGUGGCAAGCAGCAUUGGUAACAUGAGCAUUUCCGGCCUACAUGACCCAGUCCAAGUUACAGUUAAGCACGCACCAAAUAAGAAUGAAAAUGGAACACCUUACUGUGUAUUUUGGGACUUUCAGCUUUACAAUGGCAGUGGUGGAUGGAAUAAAACAGGCUGCAGAGUUAGCAGUUCAAACACCAGUGAAACAGUCUGCUUCUGCAAUCAUCUCACAAACUUUGCAAUACUUAUGGACAUUCAGGGAAGCUCUCAGAAUAUUGGUUCUGAGAAUGAAAAGGCUCUGACCUUCAUCACCUAUAUUGGAUGUGGACUUUCAGCCAUUUGCUCAGCUACAACUGUCCUUACCUACAUUGCAUUUGAAAAACUGAGAAGAGAUUACCCAUCUAAGAUAUUAAUGAACCUGAGCACUGCCAUCAUGUUUCUGAACCUGGUCUUCCUAGUUGAUGGAUGGCUUGCGUCCUUUAAAAUCGGUGGCCUGUGCAUUGCUGUAGCAGCACUUCUACAUUUUUUCCUUCUUACAUCAAUCACGUGGAUGGGAUUGGAAGCAGUGCACAUGUAUAUUGCCUUGGUGAAAGUGUUCAACACCUACAUACGACGCUACAUUCUAAAAUUCUGCAUUGUUGGCUGGGGUUUGCCUUUGUUAAUAGUAGUUAUAGUCCUUGCUGCUACAAACGGAAGUGCCUAUGGACAACAACCGUAUGGGGAAGACGACAAAGGUGCUAGAGCAUCUGAGUUUUGCUGGAUCUUAAACAGAACAGUGUUCUAUGUGACAUGCGUUGGGUAUUUCUGUGUUGUUUUCCUAAUGAACAUAGCCAUGUUUAUUGUGGUGAUGCUUCAGAUAUGCGGAAGAAAUGGAAAGAGAUGUCACCAGAGCGCAACAGAAGAGAUCAUGCGAAAUCUCAGGAGUUCCGUUAGCUUGACCUUCCUGCUAGGCAUGACUUGGGGGUUUGCCUUCUUUGCAUGGGGACCUCUGACCGUUCCCUUUUUCUACCUUUUUACAAUCUGCAACUCUUUACAAGGCUUUUUUAUAUUUAUAUUCCACUGUGCCUUGAAAGAUAAUGUACAGAAGCAAUGGAGAAGAUAUCUAUGCUGUGGAAAGCUGCGGUUACCAGAAAACUCAGACUGGAGCAAAACAACUACUCCAAAGAAGCCCAGCAGUGGCUCUGGAUCUGGCUCUGCUUCUGAUAACCUGGGAAAAUCCUUGUCUUCAACUUCCUUAGCUUCCAACUCAACCAACUGGACAAACAAAUCCAAGUCAAGUUCAACUCACUUCUUCAAGCGUAACAGUAAUGCAGACAAUGUUUUUGUUGACAAAACUUCAACAAAGUCUGCCUCAAUAGACAAAGAACAGAUGACAAUUAUCCCCGUUCAUCAAGUCAUCGACAAGGUCAAGGAUUAUUGUUCUGUGCGCUCUGAUAACUUUUAUAAAAAUAUUAUUAUGUCAGACAGUUUCAGCCACAGUACAAAGUUCUGAAAUCUGUUAAGUGAUAAAGCAGCCAGCAGUGGUUACAAAUACUGCAUGACACUGUUAGAAAGCUAAAAAAGAGACAGUGGCCACCUAUAACUGUGAAAAAUUGACUUACAGGAUGAAGAAACUGGGACGAAAAGGGAUCUGCUGUCUAAAAAUCUAUAGAAAAGGUCAUAAACUUGGAUAUUACUUAUGAUAUUUAUGAUGUGAACUGUGCACUUAUUAACAUAUUUGUGAUAUCUUGCUAAUACACUGUUAUGAUCUCAAGAUAGACAUUUCUGAUACUGAAUUUCUUUAUAGUCUACAGGCAGUCAUUUAUUGACCGGUUAAACCAAAAGCAAGGGCAGCCUGAAAAGCUCCUCAUUAACCAACAAUAGCAGAAAAGCAAAUUCCCUGGGGAAGUAUCAAAUGUAUGAAAACUUACCUUCUGUUUCAGAGGAUAAAACAGAAAUUAUAUAUGUUAAUGUGACAUAUAUAGUGUGUGUGUGC